AUGAUUAUAUUCGGUCUAUGUUUUAUCAUUCUACAUCUUGCGUAUAGUCAAGAUAUCUGUAGUAAUAUUAAUUGUGGAUCAGGUGUUUGUAUAUUAACACAAAAUCCUGCAUUACCUUAUUUUUGUCGAUGUCCGAGUGGUGCAAAUACGAUAUUACCAUGUCCUACUGAAAAUCCAUGUUCGCGAAAACCUUGUGGACAAGGUGUUUGUGAAGUAGUACCAAAUUUAAUUCAUGGUUAUCUUUGUCGAUGUGCAGGUGAUGCAAUUUCAUUAACAAGUUGUAAUGUUACUCGUAGUGGUUGUUAUUCAAAUCCAUGUAUUAACGGUUUAUGUAUUGAAGGUUUAGCAAGUUAUUAUUGUAAUUGUUUACCGACAUGGACUGGAAAGUUAUGCAGUGAAAAAAUUGUUUCGGCUUGUGAAAAAAAUCCAUGUAGUCCAGGCAAAUGUUUUCAACUUAAUGAUCCUAAUAUACCAUUUGUUUGUUUAUGUCCUAAUGGACAAUUUGGUUUAUCUUGUCGUAUUUUCGGAUAUUCAUCAUCAACAGCUCGUGUAUUGGCAACGACAAGUACGACUACUAGUUCACCUUAUACAUGUAAUCCAUUUGAUUCUCGAAUUUGUAUGAAUGGUGGACGAUGUUUACAAACAUCGAAUGAUUAUCGAUGUCUUUGUAAACCGGGUUUUACAGGCGUCUUUUGCGAGAUGAAUAUUAAUGAAUGUGCAUCAAAUCCUUGUCAACAUGGUGGAGUUUGUUAUGAUCUUCAAGCAUCUUAUAUUUGCUAUUGUCAAGAUGGAAGUUUUCGUUCGCAAUGUUUACCAAGAGACGUACCAACAAGCACUGCUCGUACUCUUUUAUGUCCAUGUCGAAAUGGUGGAAUGUGCGCAUUAGUUGGUUCUCAGACAUGUGUAUGUCCAAAUGGUUUUACGGGUCGUCUCUGCGAACAUUUAUUAACAAGUGGUAAUUGUAAUGGAAUGCAGUGUUCUAAUGGAGGUACUUGUUAUGAAAAUUCACCAGGUUCAGCUGUUUCAGCUCGUUGUUUAUGUAAAAGCGGAUUUAGUGGACGAUUUUGUGAAACUGAAUAUUUUCGUUGUCAAGCAAAUGGUCGUUUUAUUGAUCCAUAUAAUUGUGCAGAAGGAAAAUAUUUUGAAUGUAUUCAUUAUCAACAAGGUUCAAAUACAAAUCAAUAUGGAAUGUUAUUAAGUCGAAGUUGUCCAACAUCACUUCGAUUUAAUCCUCAAGCUGAUCGAUGUGAUUAUGCACAAAAUGUUAAAUGUAUUUAUCCUUAA